CGGGGAUGGGCGCGGGGAGCCCUGACAGCCGCCACGGGUCCUCCAGUCCUGCCUGGGGACACCCAGCUCUUCCUGACCCCUCCCCAGUGUCCUCCCAUCCCUUCCCACUUCCUUCCUUAGGUCCCACCAUCCCCUUCUGGGUCCCCAUCCUCUUCUGGAGUCCCCCCCAUCCCUCUCCAGGUGUCCCCUCCCUAAACCCCCCAUCCUUCCUUGGGGUCCCUUCCCACCCUUUCCAAGCCACUCCCAGGCUCCCUGCCCCGUCUUCCUCACAGGGGUCCCCUCGUCCCUCCCCCACCCUCCCCGGGUCCUUCACUGUCCUCUGGUGUCCCCCUCCCACAGGGGUCCCGCUCUCGGGGGUGUCUGUGUCGGCGCAGCCCCCCGGAGGACAGGUGGCACUGGGGGACCGCCUGGUGCUGAACUGCACGGUGGCCGCGGGGACAGGUCUCCUGUCCUUCUCCUGGCACCGGGGGGACUUGUGGGCACUGCUUGGCACUGGCCCCCACCUGGAGCUGCGCCACGUUGGGGACAAUGACAGCGGCCACUACCAGUGCAGGGCCAGCAACGGGGACAGCGUGGCCGAGAGUGUCCCCCUGAAUGUCACCGUCCUGGUGCCCGUGGCCAAUGCCACCAUCAGCCCCGGUGCCCUGGCACACCCGGUGCGCGCAGGUGACCCCGUGACCCUGCGCUGCUCGGUGCAGGUGGGCUCAGCCCCUGUCACCUUCACCUGGCUGCGCAACGGCACCGAGGUGGCCCGGGGUCCCCUCCUGGAGCUCGGCGACGUCCAUGUGGGACAUUCCGGCACCUACCAGUGCGUGGCCACCAACCAGCUGGGACAGGACGGGCACCGCGUGUUCCGGGCGCUCAGCCCCGAGCUGGCACUGACUGUGACACCGCAGGGACACUGGGACACCGCAGUGGCUGUGAACAUUGGCAGGAGCCUCCUGUUCCUGGUUCUGCUCCUGGGUGUCAUCGGGGGCUGUCACUGGUGGCAGCGCCUGCCCGCCAGGAAGCCCCAGGACAGGUCCCCACAACCGCUGUCUCUGUCAGCGCCCCCACGGGUGUCCCCCGGCCCUGCCCCCCCUCGGCAUCCACAAGUGACCAACGUGCAGCUGCCGGGACCCUACGAGGGACAGCAGGACCCCGGUGCCACCGACGAGAGUGUGAUGUGACCCUGGGGGGAAAUUGGGGAUCACUGGGAGGCAUCGAGUCCCCCCAGGGGUCCCUCACUGCCCUUCACAGCACCCCAGGGCCUCCUCAUUCCCCCUCCCAGUGCCGGGGGGGCACAGGACCCUUUUGCUUCUUCUUGGACCCAAAAGGCAGCGUUUGGAUUAAAGCGGGAGAAAU